UGCUUCAAAUAACUGUUCUUAUGGUCCCUAAUUCAUUCAUUUCAACCAGCAACAAAUAUGUGUAUCUUCAAAUAAGUGUUCUUAGAUGGAAUUGAAUUGACCGGUCACAAUAACACAGCAUGAUAUGCUACUGCACUAGCUAGCUAGACAUGCCUGUUAGCAGUACUCUGAAACCUUCAAUGCCUGCGUCACUGAAUGACGAUUCCGCGAUCCGUUCUCCUGAUCUGUACUGCAAUGAAGCUGCUCUCUCUGACAAUUCUUCUAGUUUGGACUUCGAGUUUCCCGGCGAUUGCGACGAUCACGACGGCCAUAGCUCCAUCGAUAACAUGUUUCGGAUGGAACUGGAACAGAUGCAGCGUCUGGACGUGGACAGAGAGUUGCCGCGGGACGAUGAAUUUGAAUCUGCUAGACGCAAUGCCGUCCGAUGGAUGCUCCAGGUGCAUCGUUACUACAAUUUCAGAGGCGAAACCGGAUAUCUCGCGCUGAAUUAUCUCAACCGCUUUCUGUCGUCUCACCAUUUUCCAAAGGAGUGGGAACGGUGGGCGUGGCAGCUGGCAUCGGUUGCAUGCCUGUCGUUGGCGGCCAAGAUGGAGGAAACCGCGGUGCCAUCUCUGAUGGAUUUACAAAUCUGGAAACCGGAAUUCGUGUUCACGCCCAAAACCAUUCAGAGGAUGGAGCUCCUGAUCAUGGCGGGACUCGAAUGGCGACUGCGUAUCAUCACGCCGUUCGAUUUCCUCCAUCAUUACGCUGCAAAAGCACCAAUUCCAAACACACAUUCCACUCAACUUCUCUCUAAUGCUUCAGAUGUUAUUCUCUGGGCCUGCCAAGAUCCCGAGUUCCGGCAAUAUUCUCCAUCAACGAUAGCAGUAGCAGCUUUGUUGAGGACGACGGGACAGAACGUAGACGACGAAAGAUUGAGCAAGGAGAUGGUAAAGAGAUGCUACAGCUUUCUGCAAAAGCAUUUUGAAAAGAUCAGUGAUAGCUCUGAGCGCAGUAUGAGAGACGACAAGGGCAGUGAUGAUAGUGAUGAGUGUUGUGGGGGAAAGUUCCAAUGUCUCGUUCGACAUGACAAGGAAUUCCAGCGGAAGAAACGUACGUACUCCGUAUAGACCGAUUAAUGAUUGAUGUAUCUGUGUUAUUCCGUUUUGGUUGGAAUGUUAGAAAACGGAAGUGUUUUUUUUUUUUUUUUUUUUUCCCGAUCUUGAUAAGUGUUUAUUUUUGGAGAGUAAGAUUCUCCGUCACAUGUUUAGAUAUUAUUGGAAGAAACUUUUUGUUUUUUUUUUUAAAUUUUCAUUCAAGUCUGUCUCACAAGAUUUUCUUAAUUUAAUUUAUCUUUUCUAAUUUGUGGACUAUCACAAG